AUGGACCAAGUCAUGGACGGCGGCCGUUUGCCGCUGGAGGAAUGGUUCUGGGAAAUGCCUGUCUGUACCCGUUGGUGGACGGCUGCAACUAUUUUGACAAGUGCCCUUGUCCAGUGUCACAUGGUCACUCCGUUUCAACUUUUUUACAGCUUUCGUGCCGUGUUUGCCAAAUCACAGAGAUACGCCCGACUGCUUGAGGAGUCAUCAGGACGAUCACCGGCUCACUUUUCCUGGCUUCUUUUUUAUGCCAUGACCAGUCUUAUCGUUUUGUCGCCUUUGGUCUCUAUGCCGUUUCUUGGCCAGCCACUCUCCUCGACACUGGUAUACAUCUGGUCUCGGCGCAAUCCCGACACCAGACUCAGCUUUCUUGGGCUCCUGGUAUUUACCGCGCCAUAUUUACCAUGGGUUCUCAUGGCUUUCAGCCUCUUCAUGCAUGGGUCCAUCCCCAGAGAUGAAAUCAUGGGCGUGGUCAUAGGCCAUAUCUGGUACUUUUUCAAUGAUGUUUAUCCACCUCUUCAUAAUGGAUCUCGCCCAUUGGAUCCGCCUGUAUGGUGGCGGCGUCUUUUCGACGGCCGGGGAACAGAAGAGUCUCAAGAGGGGCUAAACAACGAUCUCAUUGCUGCAGCUGGCCCUGGCGGGAGGGAGCCCGCAGCAGCACAUGUCUUGUAG